AUGUCCCAGGAGAUCUGGAACAACGAUAAUGGAACUCUAAAUGGUGAUGACAGUGGUUGGACAACAGAAAGCGGCAGAGUACGGUACCAUCCGCCGGGGUUGCAGAAAUGGAAAUUCGUGAUGGAUAAGGUGAUGUUGGGCUUUCUGAGACGGACGGACGAUGCUUGCUGUUAUGAUGAUGAUCGGCUGAAUCAACAUAACAGUAUUUCAUACCCGGGCUCAUAUCAUUCACAUGUACCAGUACUAUUGCAGAAUCCGAAUCCAAUAUUUGGACAACAUGGAAGCAGGGUUGUGUUAUUACCCAGCAAAAGCAAGCAAGUGAACGAACAUGAUGCAUAUCACACCGAAUGGGAAUUCUACGGAAAGAUUCCCGCUGAUGAUUACUCACCUUGUGUAAAUCGUGUGGCUAUUGUAGAGCAUGCAAGAGAUAGAUGA